GUGUGCGUGAACAGUUCGCAAUUUGUGAAUGCGGCGCGUGAAAAUGUGGAAAAACUAUUUUUAAUGCUUGAAUCGAAGGUGAAGAAAAAUCGUGGGCCCGCAGAAGACAUUUAUUCUUAUGAAUUUCAAGUUUUCAGUUUAGGAAACAUUUCGCGUAAAUUCGAGUCGACAAUGAGUCAACUGCACUCGCGACUGACGUCUGACGUGCCCAUAUACAGAUGUGUGUGUGUAUGUACGUGCGUGAUCAAUGUUUAUGGCUGCAUGCAUCGUUGAGUACAAUUAAUAUGCGGCAAUAACGUGCGUGCAUUACGAAUGCUACAGUGAAUUUGUAGCAAAAUUAAAAAAAAAAAAAAAAAAAAGCACAAAAAUUUAUACGAAUUAAUAAACGAAAAAGAAAUACUUGCGUUUAAAAAAAAACGUUUAAAAUAUCGCAUUACAUUCAAUCAAAGUAAUGCAUUUAAAAUAAAUAAAUAUCGCCUUUGCUUCUGUAGCUGCUUUUUCUCGCUCAUAGUGUGUCAUCAGCGUUCUUUUUGUCCGGUCUUUGGCUUUCUUUGCCAUGGUGAAUGACACUAUCGACAUUGGUUCGCACAUUUUAGAUUUUGAUUUAGACGCAUCAGCGUCACAACAGCAACAAACGUUGCAGCAUUCCACCAGCAAUAAUACGCUUCAAAUAUCCACUGCCAAAAUUCAACAAAAAGUGAAAAAUGAAAAACUGGCAAAGGCGGAUAAACAGGACAAACAGGAACAGCGAAAUUCUGUGAAUCUACAAAUUCUGCCAAGCAGCGCUGAGAAUUUGAGUUGGACAUUUUUCGAAGAAGUCUCCACAUUAGACAAUCAAUUGCGCGGCAAUGAAGAGCUGAGUGCGCCACCUGCAAACAGUUGUCACUUAAUGACUACCUCGCCCAAACAGGCUUAUGCGACACAAGAGGCCAUUGAAGCAGAGCUGGUGAAGAGUCGCCUGGAUGCACCACAGGAGAUAAUUGCGCGCAAUCACCAGAUGUAAUACAAAAACAACAGAGAGUCUCCAAAGUGGCAAUUGAUCUGCAAUUGGACACAGCAAAAACAGCAACAACAGC